AUGUUGCCAACGCAAGUGGUAGAUGAACGCCUGACUCGCUUGUGCAAGGUAGUCUACGCCGUCAUUAACCAAACAGCCUCGGUCUCAUCAACUUUGCGAGAACUCCUCCCAGCUGCGACCAGUGAGUCUGUUGCGGAGCUCGUCGCCUUGGGUGCUGUGUACUACAUGCCGCCGAAGGGAUACCGUUUUGAGCGGUUGGGCAGCACACUCUUGCCGGUACACUCCGACAAGAGGCAGCUGAUGCAGGAGACACUGGUUGAGCGAGGUGGAGAACUUCGGGUGCACACGGACCCGAAGCGAUAUGAAAUGUGCUCCAUGGAAGCCUGCAGCUGGGACGACCGUUUGCUCUACAUGAGUCCGGAAUACAUCGUGGUGGACAAGCCUGCAGGAGAUGGUCUCAAACGCGAGGAGCAGCUUGUCGCCUGCCACAGGCUGGACGUAGCAACCUCUGGUUUAACCUUGCUGGCGAGAACCAAGCAGGCCGCGGAGCACUUCAGGUCUCUGCUCAGCGAGGGUGCUGUGAAGAAGCGCUAUCGCGCCCUGGUUUCCAAGCAGGUCAAAGCCGAUACCUGCUUGGAGCACUGGAUUUCGGACGCAGUUUUUGGGAAGCCUGCGCCACGUCUUAUUGCUCCGCUGGAUGCUCCUGUCACGGAUAGCAAGCACAAGUGGAGAACUGCGAGAGCCACUAUUUUGUCAGCUACCCCCAAAGGACAUAGACAAGAGGUGCUGUUGAAUCUCCACACUGGCCGAACUCAUCAGAUUCGAGCCCAGCUUGCAUCAGUGGGUUCGCCUGUUGUGAACGACAGCCUCUACAGCAACAUGGCAGAUUUCCUUUGGCAGGGGGGACACGAUGACAAGGUGGCAGAAGACCUCGUUCGCAAUGCUAGUUUGUCGGAUGAUGCCGUGGUUCCAGGAUACCUGGAUGAUGAGCUCGACAAAGGUGCUGCCGAGCGAUACGGAGCCGAGCAUCAGCGCCAAGGUGACUCCAUGCCUCAGUGGACGUUCUUCGCUCAACAGAAUUGGAUGGACCAGAGACGGCUUCAGGAGUAUGACGACGACCCCAGCAUCGCCGCCAGGCUGGCCAAGAAAAAGAAGCAGCAGCAGCAGAAGCGUGAGGAGGAAACAAGCCGAAGAAGUUGGUUUGCCUCAUGGCUCGGCUGGCAAGACUGA